UUUCUUUCCAAAAUCCACUAACUUCCUUUCCUGAAAAAUGUCUCAUUUGCUUCAAAGAAAAAGAUAAUAACAGAAUUCCAUUUUAAAUCUUUCCUAAACAAGUCGCAAUACCCUUUUGAAUUUUCUUUAAGCCAAAUAAUGGCUGGUUUCAAGAAACCCACAGCUCCAAUCCAAUCUUCAUAUAAUUCCAUUUUUGUCAAUCCCUUAACUGACUCCAAACACCACCAUAGUUGUAGUGAAGGAGACCUUACAACAAUUAUGACUGACAACAAAGAGAAUAAUCCCAUUUUUGGCUGUAACAAAGAAAAUGCAGAGCGUGCAAACUCUAAACCUUUAUCUACAGAUGGGUCUCUUCCUCUUAUGCCAAAGCAAUUGUCAAAAAUGAAAUCUUUGUCUACUGGUAGAGCCCUGAAGCCGACUUCGUUACAGUUCUGUAUGCAGAUGAAUGAGCCUGAAAAUGGUUUCAAGUAUAAAUUGUGGGACCCAGUCGAGUCUGAGAAAUCAGCUUCUUCUUUGACUAUUUGGGAUUAUUCAGAUUCUGAGGCUGCUCCUGCUUCUUCUUGGUCUACAUUGCCUAAUAGGGCUUUGUUAUGUAGGCCUUUGCCUUUGGACAUAGGGAGAUGUAAUUGUGUUAUUGUGAAGGAAGCAUUGCCAGAAGGGUUAAAUGGGGGUACGAUAUACUCACUUUAUACUAAUGAAGGACAAGGACGGCAGGAUAGGAAACUAGCAAUAGCUCACCAUAAGCGGCGUAAUGGAAAAUCAGUGUUUACUAUAGCUCAGAAUUUGAGAGGAGUUUUGUCUACUUCAGAUGAUAGUUUUAUUGGAAAUAUAACAGCUAAUUUCAUGGGUUCCAAGUAUCAAAUAUGGGACCAGGGAAGCCAUAGGCGUCUCAAUUCACCAUCUAAGCAGCAUCAUCCGCUUCUGGCUGUUGUUAGAUUCGUGCCUACAGUAGCCACUUGUGCUGGUAGUUAUAGAAGCAUGAGGGUGUACAUACCGAAGCAUCAAUCCAUGCAGCUUAAGAACUCAACUCAGAUGCACCACAUUAAUUGUCUGCCCAAGGAUUGGGAAGGGAAAAUGGACAAAGUACAUAACCUACAGUCAAGGACUCCAAACUACAGUAAUAUUUCAAAGCAAUAUGAAUUAGACUACAGAGACAAAGGCAGAACUGGACUGAGAAUCCAAAGGUCUGUGAAGAAUUUCCAGCUCAAAUUGGAGGAGCACGGAAAACAAACAAUUUUGCAGCUUGGGAGGGUGGGGAAAUCAAAGUUUGUUAUGGAUUUCAGAUAUCCUUUGUCAGGCUAUCAGGCAUUUUGCAUAUGUUUGACUUCAAUUGAUUCAAAAUUAUGUUGCACGGUUUAAUUACAAGCAACAUAUGUUCCAGUUCAACCUCUGAACACAAUCUUUUAGUUUCUAUUUUGUUUCUUUUUACCUUUUGCUUCUUACUUCAAAAGAAGCAUAAUUGGGUAAGAUUCAGUUUGUAAGGGUGGACAAUAUUUCUUGUUUCUUCUUUUUUCUUUUCUUUUUUAAUGUAAAUGCCAUUAGGUCUGGCCUUCUUUUCCAAGCAUGAAUGAUGAAUGCACACAAUUUGUGGUUUUCAUA